CUGCCGUCGAUUCUCUGCUGGCCCUUGGACUCCUGGGAUUGCUUGACAUUCGGAUUCUGGUUCUCCUUCUGUUCCUCCCCCACUAUCCUGUGUGAAGAUGUCUUCAUCUUCAGCGUUGCCAGAGUGGAAGCUCCAGUUGCUAGAGCGCCGGCGCAAAGAGGAAGAAGAGGCCCGUCGGCGGGAACGAGAGCAGCAGGACCGCAUGGCAAAAAUGCCGGCCUGGAAACGGGAGAUCAUCGAAAGGCGCCGUGCCAAGCAAGGCUCUAACACUUCCUUCUCAGAGUCUGGUGGGCCGGGAGGAAUAGAAAGUGGGGCGGCCCCCGCUCCUGCUACCCCACAGCCCUGCCAGGAGGGGGAUCCAGAGAGCUCCGUGCUGCAGGAGAAGAUUGGCCCAGUCCAUCAGAACCCCUUCAUUCAGCUGGAGAAGCGGCGCCAUAAAGAGUCCGCCCCGUCCGAGAGUGAACUCGCUAGUGCUAAGGCCAAGCAGAUUGUGGAUCUGUAUGGGCAGAUCCCUGGGGUCCGCACGCUGCGUGCAGACAAUGUCAUUAUAAUCGAAUCAGUCCCGGGGGCACCGCCAGCUCAGCUUGCCAGUGACCGGCGCACAACCGAGUCCAAAUCGGGCAGCGUAGAGUCCCUCAAUGAGCUGCUGGCCCGUCGGGGUGGCAGCGUCACUGAGAUCCGUGCUGGGGAGGUCUUCAUUGUCAAGUCGGCCUUGAGCCGUAGUGUGGAGGACCUUGAUUCUGCCGGCAAAGCAGAGUACCGGUCAUCAUUGCCGCCAGAGCAGCGCCGUGGGCGGGUAAGCAAAUUGCUAAGCAGGUUCAGCCAGGAGGAUGGCGGUGGGCCGGUAUCGCUGCGCCCGGUGAGAUCCCUCAGCACCGAGAACUUAACGGAGGGUACCUACGUGGCCAGGAAGCCUGGCCGUGUGCCGACAGACCCCAGCCCGACCCGGCAGCACUGUGACAGAACGCCCAGCCCUCCCCGUGACCUGCCAGGCCUCACCUCUCCGGUGCCCUUCACUGUGGCAUCUUACCGCAGCCAGUUUGAAGCCAAAUCAAGCAGUGGUGAGGCCUGGCCAGACAGUCCCCCGAGACGCUCGCCAACAGGCAAAACGUGGGGCAGAGAGGCUGCGUCCCCUGAGAGAGGGCCCAGACUGAACAGUAUUGAUCCUGAGGCCACUUUUGAGUUCCGUCCAGCACUGCCACCAGCACCAGUUGCUGAUGAUGAUGUCCAAGGCAAGGCCUUGGCUAAUUUACGGCUGCACUCCCGGAACUCUUUUGUGGUUGUGCCGCGACGGGUCUCGGCCUCCCCACCCCCACCCCCACCCUCAGAACUCAAGCAGGAAGCCAGCCCUCCUCCUUCUUCACACAAUCCCCCAGCCCCCACUUCCUGCUCUUCACCCAGCUGUGAGCCGCUUCCCCCGGAGGCUGAGGAUCCACCCGAGGCUGAGGCCAUGAGACGCGGUGGGAACAGCAGUGCCAAGGAGGAUGCCAGGACAGGGGGCUUGGUGCGUGCCUCGUCCCCCCACCCGGCUGUUCAGCGUCGCAGUGGCAACACCAUCACGAUCAACCCUCGCAAGGUCCCUGUGACACCUGUCAUUGCAGUGGAGAAUGGCAUCGAGAGCGACGCUCCCACAGUGGUGGCACCUGUGAAGAAACGCUACCCCACUGCUGAGGAGAUCCAGGUGAUUGGAGGCUACCUCUCGCUUCAAAGGUCCUGUCUUGCAAAGAACGACCCACACCGGAAAAAGCUGAAGAUUUCAUUCUGUGAGAACCAGCUGGAGAGGACCUUCCAGUACCCAUCAGAGGGUUCCCUGCUGGAGGAAUUCGGGCCCCCUGAGGAGUCAGAGUCUUUGGCGCCUAGCAACCUCCAUGGGGAUGACGAGGAGGAAGAGGAGGAGCUGCUGAUGCUUCAUCGUGGCCUCCCUGGCCUAUUGAGGACCAAACCCCUCAUUGUGGACGAGUCUUGUCGACGGUAGCCCCACUCAUCCUUCUCCAUCAGCGGGAAAGAUGGAGGAUAUUUAAAGAUUCGUGUCACCCUUCAAGACCCUCAACUGAAUUUUUAUCUCCUUUUGUCUUCCAAUGACUGUUACACCAGGGAAAGAAGCUGGGACCAUGCUAGACUGGACCACUUUGCCCAUUUCCCUAGGGCUCUGAGUGUUUCUUUCUUUGGGAUGGGAGCAAAAGCUUGAAAGACACACCUUCAUCAAUCUUUUUGUUCAACACUGAAAAAAGGACCUCUGAAACCCCACCCUCAAGCUAAAACAGCAAGGAGCUGAGUCACAUGACAGGCUGCCCAAUCUAACCUGUACAAAAGAGACUGCUUCCACAUGGUUUUGAGGAAAUCUUUUUUUCCUUAUCCUGAUGCUAAAGCAACUUAGAAAUGAAGAUGUUAAAACAGCCAGCAAGGAAGAUGCAGCACCAAACCUCAUGCCUGUUUGCCAGCUUCCAAUGUUGUAGAUCCCCAGCCAAGGGCUAAUCUCUCCCUGCUGUUACCCAAAUGCAGCCCACACUGAGCUGAAGGACAUUUCUAACUCCCAGAUCAACUCUUUAUGUCAAAUAUCUGGGAGCUAUCCUUUAGGACUCUUGUUCUUUUAAAAUUUUCUAAUCGCUGCCAUGUUGUGGGAGUUGGAGGGGGGAGGAAGAAACUAGCUUUGGGAGGAGGGGGGCAAUUUUGGUGGCCAACAACCUAUCAGUAUUGGGGAAGGAUUUGUACCAAGAAUGGUGAAAAGGGGUAUUUCUCUCCCCGCCCCCUUUCUUAUUCAGAGCAUAUUUGUUUUGGCCAUACAUGAUGUAUUACACAGAAAACAGGGGGGUCUUCGUAAUCAGCAGUCCCUUUUCAAACAAAACAGUAGCUAAAGCAAUCUUAUCAUCCAAGGUGACACACGGAAGCUCUUCCACACUGACAUACUUUGGGUAAGAAGAGAGCAAAAAUUCAAUGCCAUCCGUAUAUUCUGGCUCUAUUUCAGAGCACUUGGGUUCCUCCUUAUGAUACAUCCUUGAAUUUUCGGUGGUGUAAUACAGCAGCAUCUUGUCUCCUUCACUGCACAACCUGAUGAUUCCAUGCCGAAGCAACCGCACCUGCGUAUUUCCCUUGAAGGGGACCUCAACAUCACACACAUCUCCAUUCUCCCACCGGGCAGGAAGCCCGUAGACACUGAGUGCCCUUUCGGUCUCCGUCAGCACUGGAGGGAGGCAAUCAUGAAAAAAAAUCUUGGCUUUUUGGUCCACUGCAGCGUCAACCGGUGCGUAGUUUAUUAGCUUAGUGAUCAAAGCAUGGACUUUUUUCAUAAAGGCAGUUCUACGAGGAUCGACCACAUCUGAGUUCAGGACUCCUGUGUAUUCCAAAUAGUCUAGAGGGAGACCCUGGCGAUAUUCCACAUCCUCUUCAAUGGCCAUCUGCAAAGCUGCUGGGAGGAGUUUUUCCAACAAGUCUCCCCAGGAGUUCCUCUGGAAUGAAGAGACAGUUAUGUGGAGUGAAUGGGCUUCCGGGAGGCAGUCCCCUUGAUGGAUGAAACCACGUGGGAAAUACAGCAGGUCCCCAGCCUCUAACACGGCUUCCAGAAUUGGCUUUCCGAUCUCGUUCUGAGCAAAGUUGGCGCUCGAAAACUGGGGCAACACCUCCGCUUGGUUCCUGGGGGGGUAAACCCGCCAGUGCUUCUUUCCUUCCAGCUGGACGACGACCGCUUCAAUGUCAUCAUAAUGAGGAGCAAAGCCCUGAGUCCCAGCAGGAGUCAGGUAAGUGUUGGCUCCAGCCAUGCUGCCAAACUGCUCCUGCAAGAGAGAAAGGAAGUGCCAGAUGGUAGCAGAAAAGGCCUGGGGGUUCAGCAUCCGGAGGGAGCAGCCAUUCCUGUAGAAAUCCCACACCACGGCCGGCAGGGCCCGGCCCAGUGGGUUGUGCGUCUCCCUUUUCCCAUCUUCAUAGCUAGUCACAUCCAGGUUCACGCCAAACUGGACGUCCUGAUUGCGCAGGAUGGCAUCAAACUCGGCUGUGGAAAAGAGGCCCUCAUAAUAAGCUGGGUUGUGCCGCUGGAUGAGGAGGGGCUUCUUCUCCCAGUGCUCGUCAAAGAACCUCCAAGAGGAGACGGGGGCGAUCAGCCACUUGAAGAGCCUGGCUGCCUUCUCCCGGCUAUGCUGGACUUCCCCCAGCUCUUGAAGGAGGCACUGGAGUGAGGGGCCUGCUUGAAACUGCUGGGCAGAAGCUUGCUCCUUUCCUUGUACAGCCACUGGUGGCACAGCUGCAGCUGAGCAACUUUUCCCCACCGUUGAUGAGGUAGCUGCAGGGCGAGAGCACAGUUUUGUCCUCCGUCUCUUUGCCAGCUUCGGUGCUGAAGCAUCUGCCGCUGCUAGGUCAGGACAGGAGUCUCCGGGCUGUUCCCCAUUGGUGGCCCCUGAAGGAACGGGGCGAGCCCCAGACGUUCGCCUCUCGGUAUGCCGUUUUUUAAUCUUCUGGCUUCUGGAGGAAACAGAUGGGCCACGGGGCGGCUGCUUAUGUGGUUCUCUGUGUGCCAUCAUCGAACGAUAAGCAGAAAGAGCAGAUACCUGUGUUCUCAGCAGCUCCGCCAUGCUUCAGGUCCGGAUGUGGAGUCCAAGAGAACCUGUGUAUCAAAGUGUUAGAAAUAAAGAGGUUUGUCUGUUUUACAAACAGGCCCUUGCAAUGCAAUCCUAAGAAUUAACCCCUUCUAAGCCUACUGAAUUCCACGGGUUUCAAAAGCCCACUGAAAGCCUAUAUUGGAACUUCAUCUAGAGGCCCAUCUUGAAAAACGCAAUUACUUUUAGAAAUCUUUGUUCUAAGAGCACUCCAGGGGUCUGUUUGGCUCCCUUAUUCUUUCUUUCCUCCCCCUUUUCACCCUGACAGUUCCUGUUUUCUUUCUGUUUUCCAUUCCAGAUGAGUCUUAUCCAGGUAACUUCCCUCAUCCUUCUCCAUCGCCGGGAAAGAUGGAGGAUUCAUGUCAUCCUUUAAAUCCCUCAAUAAUUGGACUUUUAUCUCCUUUCAUCUUCCAGUGAGUGUUACACCAGGAAAAAAAGCUGGGACCAUGCCAGACUGGACCAUUUUGCCCAUUUCCCUAGGGCUCCGGGUGUUUCCUUCUUCGGGACGUUCUAACUCCAGCAUUGAAAAAAAGACCUCCAAAACCCCACUCUCAAGCUAAAACAGCAAGGAUCUGAGUCACAUCACAGGUUGCCCAACCUAACCUAUACAAAGAGACUGCUUCCACAUGGUUCUGACUCCAAGGAAAUAUUUUUUCCUUAUCCUGAUGCUAAGCAACUUAGAAAUGAAGAUGUUCAAACAGCCAGCAAGGAAGGCGGAGCACCAAACCUCAAGCCUGUCUGCCGGCCUCCAGUGUUGUGGGAGAACCCCAGCCAAGGGCUAAUCUCUCCUUGCUGUUACCCAAACAAAGCCCACGCUGGCCUGAGGGAUGAUUCUAAUUCCCAAAUCAACUUUCUUAAAAAUCAAAUAUCUGGGAGUUAUCCUUUAGGACUUUUGUUCUUUUAAAAUUUUCUAAUCGCUGCCAUGUUGUGGGAAGGGAGUUGGAGGGGGGGAGGGAGGAACUAGCUUUGGGAGGGGGGCAGUUUUGGUGGCCAACAGUAUUGGGGGAGGAUUUGCACCAAGGAUGGUGGGAUUCCUAACAGUCUUUUAAAAAGGCCAUUCUGAAACAAGGCAAUUCCAAAUCGUAUGACUAUUGGUAUUAUUAAAACAAGUCCAGAUAGUAUUAAGGCACAGAACUGGGCAAACAUGGACCACAAAAGCAAGAAAAGGGAAGCAGCUGAGUGCAGAGAUGGUAAAUAACCAAGUGGUCUUUGCCCCACCCACCUCCUGUCUAGAAUUCAGAACUCAAGUAGGAGUGGACAAGUGGGCAUGGAUGGGAGGGUGGAACUGAGUGGAGCUAAACUCCCCCUCAUUGGUCGUCUUUAAGAAGCAGCUGAUCCUGCCAUGAGCAGGGGAUUGGGCAAGAUGGCCUAUAUGGCCCCUUCCAACUCUGUGAUUCUAUGAUAAGCAGAGACAGGUUGAAUGUUAGAAAAUGGACUGGUAUUUUGACAUACUUUUAAAAAAAAAACCUACCAGUCGUCAUAAAUGAGUGUUUAGCACUCUUCACAGCAUGGCAUUCUGAAGCAGGGGGCAUGAAAAGGGUAAUUUAGAAAACUUUUUUUCAAAAAUGUCAGAAUGCACAUUAAUCAGAGCAAUUUAAAAUACUGACAUUCAUGAUUCUGAGGACUCUCAGACAAGACGGUUCAUUAAACCAAUGAAGGGGGGAAAGAGCUCGGAUUCCUCUGCACCGAUAACUGAAGCCCUGUCCUUGGAAAACAGAAUUAUUGUUCUGAAGGAGUAUGAGUAGAUAAGCCAGUAGGGAGUAACACACCUGGUUACAAUUAAAACCGGAUCAUGUGGUGCUAUCAUCUGAAGGUGAUACUCAGUUUCUUUUGAACAUCUUCACCCAAUCCCGCUGCUGGAAUCAGGGCCCCGUCAACCACCCCUCCAUCCCACCUGUCACCAUCUGCAUGUGACUCUCUGAAUUCUGCUGAAAACACACAACCAUGCUGGAAAUGUCAGUGUUUCUUAAACGCCUAUUUAGGAAUCCCCCACAUACGAGACAUACGUAUCUUGUGGAAAACUUGUGUUCAAUGGCUUGUGGGGGAAAGGAUGUGAGAGAGGAUGCAGACUGAGAGGACAGAAGAAUGAAGAAUGUAUGAGAGCAGAGAGCUGUGACUGUAGGAGCACCAGUGAUUAGUCAAAAUGUGGGGGAAAAGUGGAACGAGAAGCAUGAAUGAGCGGAUGAAGGAAGUGCAGAGGGGAAGGAACAAAGAAAAUGGUGUGUUUCUUCCCCUUCCCUUCCUUACUAAUUUAUCUUGUUACCUGUGCACAGUUUUUAUUAUCUUUUCCCCCUUCUUUUGCACUGCGGGAACAGCCAUGCCUAGAGCCCAAGAAGCUAGCGAGUGAAUGACUGGCCAUGGCAGACAUCUCUUCCUCUACGGGAGCAGGAUGGAGCCUUGCCCGGCUCGGUGUACAUGAGUUUGAGGGCUGAAGCAGCUGUGUCCGGCCAUUUCCAUCAGUGUUUUUUUAUAUUAUUAUUAUUAUUAUUAACAAUAAAUCAGAAUGAUGUUGCACGUUAA